AUGGAAAUUUUUAAAUGUAGACAUGAAACUCUUGAAAAUGAAGAAAUAUUUGGAUUUUGUUUGAAUUAAAAUUGUUAAAAGCCAACUCAAUAUUAUUAUGAAUGUUUAUAAACAAAUCAUUCGGAUCAUUUCGAUGAUUGUAUUAGAUUCACUAAAAUAAUCUAAUUUUUAAAUGAAUUUAUGCAAGUGUACAAUCAAUCAAGGAAAUAACUUCAAGAAGUCUCGAAAUAACUUUCACAUUAUUUUGAAUAGAUUUUUUUUUAAAUGGAUCAGGAUAUUAAAAUAUUGGAAGAAAUGAUUGAAUAACUUAUAUAAAAAGAGUAUUUGACUUUUAAAUCAUAAAUUAACUCAAUUAAACAGUUUUACUAAAAGGGAAAAGAAAAUUAAUUAUGUAUCUUGUUUUAAUUAAUUAAAAUAGAAGAAUAAAUAUAAAAAUUCAAUAAUAUACUUGAUACAAUUAAGAAUAUGGUAUCUGAAAAAGCUUAAGAUUAAACUAAUAAUGGUAAUUAAAUAGAUAAUAAAAAUGAUGAAUCUAUUUAGGUGACCAAUAAUUAAAUACAAUACAAUUUUGAAGAAGCUGAAAAAUAUUUUAAUGAAGGUAUCAUUAAUUUUAAUGGUAUUAAGGUAAAGCAUUAGAAAUUUUACAGAAAUACUAAGAAGCUAUUGAGUGUUAUGACAAAGCUAUUGCAAUUAAUCCAAAAUAUGACAAAGCAUUGAAUAAUAAAGGUGAUUUUUAUUAAAUUAAUAAUACUUAGGAUUGGCAUUACAAAAUUUAAAUAAAUGUUAAGAAGCUAUUGAGUGUUAUAACAAAGCUAUUGCAAUUAAUCCAAAAUAUGAUAAAUCAUGGAAUAAUAAAGGUAAUUUAUAUUAAAUUAAUAUUACUUAGGUUUGGCAUUACAAAGUUUAAAUCAAUAUUAAGAAGCUAUUGAGUGUUAUGACAACGCUAUUGCAAUUAAUCCAAAAUAUGAUAAAGCAUGGAAUAAUAAAGGUAAUUAUUAUUACAUUAAUAAUACUUAGGUUUGGCAUUACACAAUUUAAAUUUAUAUUAAGAAGCUAUUGAGUGUUAUGACAACGCUAUUGCAAUUAAUCCAGAAUAUGAUAGAGCAUGGAAUAAUAAAGGUAAUUAUUAUUACAUUAAUAAUACUUAGGUUUGGCAUUACACAAUUUAAAUUUAUAUUAAGAAGCUAUUGAGUGUUAUGACAACGCUAUUGCAAUUAAUCCAGAAUAUGAUAGAGCAUGGAAUAAUAAAGGUAAUUAUUAUUACAUUAAUAAUACUUAGGUUUGGCAUUACACAAUUUAAAUUUAUAUUAAGAAGCUAUUGAGUGUUAUGACAACGCUAUUGCAAUUAAUCCAGAAUAUGAUAGAGCAUGGAAUAAUAAAGGUAAUUAUUAUUACAUUAAUAAUACUUAGGUUUGGCAUUACACAAUUUAAAUUUAUAUUAAGAAGCUAUUGAGUGUUAUGACAACGCUAUUGCAAUUAAUCCAGAAUAUGAUAGAGCAUGGAAUAAUAAAGGUAAUUAUUAUUACAUUAAUAAUACUUAGGUUUGGCAUUACACAAUUUAAAUUUAUAUUAAGAAGCUAUUGAGUGUUAUGACAACGCUAUUGCAAUUAAUCCAGAAUAUGAUAGAGCAUGGAAUAAUAAAGGUAAUUAUUAUUACAUUAAUAAUACUUAGGUUUGGCAUUACACAAUUUAAAUUUAUAUUAAGAAGCUAUUGAGUGUUAUGACAACGCUAUUGCAAUUAAUCCAGAAUAUGAUAGAGCAUGGAAUAAUAAAGGUAAUUAUUAUUACAUUAAUAAUACUUAGGUUUGGCAUUACACAAUUUAAAUUUAUAUUAAGAAGCUAUUGAGUGUUAUGACAACGCUAUUGCAAUUAAUCCAGAAUAUGAUAGAGCAUGGAAUAAUAAAGGCAAUUAUUUUUAGUUUAUUAACACAUAGGGUCUGCAUUACAACACUUAAUUCAAUAUUAAGAUGCUAUUGAGUGUUAUAACAAAGCAAUCUCAGUUAAUCCAAAAUAUAAUAAAGCAUGGAGUAAUAAAGGUAAUAAUUCUUAAAGGAUUAUUAUUCAGCUUAAGCAUUACACAAUUUAAAUUAAUAUUAAGAAGCUAUUGAGUGUUAUGACAACGCUAUUGCAAUUAAUCCAAAAUAUGAUAAAGCCUGGAAUAAUAAAGGUAAUUUUUAUUAAAUUAAUAAUACUUAGGAUUGGCAUUACAAAGUUUAAAUCAAUAUUAAGAAGCUAUUGAGUGUUAUGACAACGCUAUUGCAAUUAAUCCAAAAUAUGAUAAAGCAUGGAAUAAUAAAGGUAAUCAUUUUAAAAUUAUUAAUAUUUAGGUUUAGCAUUACACAAUUUAAAUCAACAUUAAGAAGCCGUUGAGUGUUAUGACAUAGCUAUUGCAAUUAAUCCAAAAUUUGAAGCCGCAUGGAUUGAUAAAGGUCAAUUUAAUAUAGUAUCAUCUAGGCGUUGCAUUAAAUAAAUUAAAGAAAUAUAGUGAGGCAAUUUUAUGCUAUGAUUAUGCAAUUUCUAUUUGCAUUGAUCCUCUAACAUUAAAACUUAAAGGUAGAUAAUUCUUAAUUACAUUUAGCUGAUACAUUAUUUGAAUUAGGGAAAAACAAUGAAGCGGAUAAGUUUUAUUGA